AUGUCAUACAAUAACGUCGAACUAAAUGAGUUAAACGUCGUACAAAUGCUUGAACAAGCUGGAAACCCACAGCACGCAGGUUCAGAGAUUCAGAAGUUGGCUGAACAGCAAUUAAAAGCAUGGGAAAUUAAACCGGGUUUCCAUCAUCUGCUACAAUCCGUGUACUUGGACUUAUCGAAUCCCUUACAAGUAAGAUGGUUGGCUGUUAUUCAGUUUAAAAAUGGUAUUGAUAAGUACUGGAGGUCAACUAGGGUUCAUGCAAUUAGUAAAGAGGAGAAAAGUUUGAUUAGAUCCAGGUUGUUUGAACUUAUCGAUGAGCAAAAUAACCAAUUAACCAUACAAAACGCUCAGGCUGCGUCAAAAAUAUCUAGACUAGACUUCCCUGGCGAAUGGCCAAACCUGUUUGAACAAUUAGAACAUUUAUUGAAAGAUAAUCAUAUUAGAAAGAAUCCAAUAGAGAUUCAUAACAUUUUGAUUCACAUCAACCAAAUCAUCAAAAUCUUAGGAACUGCAAGAAUUGGUAGAUGUAAGCCAGCCAUGCAAAGUAAAGUACCAUUAAUUUUCCCUCUAAUCGUUAGAAUUUAUCUAGAAUCUUUUGAUGAAUGGACAAAUUCCGUUUUAUCUCAUAAUAAUUCUGAAAUUAAUUAUUCAGAUAAUUUAAUUAAAUUACAAGUUGCAUACUUGGCUUUAAAAGUCUUGAGAAGAAUUGUUUGUGAAGGUUACGAAAAACCACAUAAAGACGAGUCUGUAUGUGAGUUUUUGAAGCUAACAAUAGGCCAUUUUGAUCUUCUCGUAGCAAACCAAGCAACCUUAGGAAAAUAUGACAUCUACGAAAGGUUCAUAAAAUGUUAUGGGAAACUGUACUAUAAUUUGGUGGCCGAAUCGCCAGCCACUUUCAUCUUAUUACCGUGCUCAAUCCGGAUAUUGAUCAGUUAUACUAAAUUACUAUUUGAAAAGGCAUCUGAAGUUUACUCCGAAAGUACUGAAGUAACUGGUGAUUUUUGGGAAAAUACAACAAUAAGGGCUUUAUUAUUACUUAAAAGGGUGAUUACUUUCACCAAUAAGAAAGGUAAUGUCAUUACAUUAAAGGCUAGAAGUGAUAAACAGAGUAUUCAAGCAUCAAUAAAUAGAAUUAAUGUCGAAUUCUUAAAUGAAAAUCUUGUCAAAAAAUUAGUCGACGUUCUUAUGGAAUCUUACCUAAAAUUGAGACCAAGUGAAUUAGAAAAUUGGUUCCUUGAUCCCGAAGAAUGGAUUAAUGAGCAAAUGGCAACAAGUUAUGAAUAUCAAAUUAGACCGUGUGCUGAGAAUUUCUUUCAGGAUUUAAUCAACUCAUUCUCUGAACUUCUCGUUCCCUACCUUCUUAACAAAAUCGAAACUGAUGCAGCAAGUUUAUCUAGUUCAUUAGAUGACUUUCUUAAGAAAGAUGCUAUAUAUGCUAGUUUUCAGCUCAGUGCUGCGGCUGUUAGUGAUAUGGUGGAUUUUGAUAAACUAUUAGUGGAAGUUUUUCUACCAGACGCAAGAAACUCAAACAAAUCAGAAGAUGAACUAAAAAUCAUCAGAAGGAGAGUAGCACUGGUCAUAAAUGAAUGGUCCACUAUAAAGUGUUCAGAGGAGAGCAAACGUCUAUGUUAUAAAUUCUUCUGCGAUAUAUUGAUGACAGAGGAGGAUAAAGUUGUUUUAUUGACGGUAUUACAGUCGCUAAGGACUAUGAUUGAUGAUUGGAAUUUCAAUAAAGAAACCUUUCAACCAUUUUUGAAUGAUAUCGUCGUAGUGCUACUGAGGAAAAUUCUACCAUCUGUGUCACUAACAGAAACAAGGCUCUACGUUCUAAAUACCAUAAGCGAUAUUAUCAUUCAGACAAGACCACUAAUAAACAAAGACAUAUUGAUUGAGAUUUUACGAAUAGUCCCAGAUUUGUGGGAUGUUGCCACGAACAACGCUUCCGAAUCUAUUUUAUCUAAUUCGUUAUUGAGAUUGUUAAGAAAUCUGGUUACCUCGCUGGGUUCUUAUUCAUAUUUAACCUGGGAAAUCGCCAUACCCGUUUUAUCCUUUUCCUGCAACCCUUCUUCUGCACAAUAUGCCCUGCUAAAUGAAGAUGGAUUCGAACUCUGGUCUGCUCUUUUGCAAAAUUUUACAGAAAAAGAACAUGGAUUUGAUGAUAAAUUUAUAGAAAUAUUGCCGUACUUGGAGCAUGGUAUUGAUACAAGGACGGAAAUUUUACCUACUUUGCUGGAAAUUAUCAAGAGUUAUGCGAUGAUAUUACCUCAGAAUGAAUUUUUCUCAAUUGAGACAUUCGCUAAAGUUUUUAGUAACCUAGCAGCAUACUUAUUGAAGUUGAGAGAGGAUUCUUUCCAAUUAAUUCUGGAAAUCUGGGAGGUCUUGGCCUUACGUAAUGAAGAGGAUCAAGAAAAUCGUCUUCUAACACAAUUUUACCAAACGGGAGUGUUGAAUUCAUUGUUCAACUGUGUAUUUCAAGAAGAAUCAUUGUCAUCAUACCAAUGUGGACAAAUAGUACAAGUGAUUGCUAGAAUAAGCUACGUGAAUCCAAACGCUUUGAUUGAAUUUUUAUCCAAUUUUUAUCAAUCUUUACCAUCAUCAUAUGAGAACUUGCAAUUACCCUUAGCAGAGAGGAAGAUAGUCAACAAGGAUAUGCCAUUUGAGGAAAUAAUUCAAAAGCUUAUUGCAGUUUGGAUUGUUUGUUACAAAGACCUUUAUGAUCCAAAACUGAAAAAAAUUCAUUUAUUGGGUCUUUCCAGUUUAUUGAGAACUAAUACGAUAUCAAUAUUGUUUGAUUUUGAGGGUAUUGUGUCGUUAUGGGUCGACAUGUUAGAAGAAAUAAACGAAACAAAUGGCGGUGAUUGUGAAAGAUAUCAUUUGAAUGACAUUGUCACCGACCAAUCGCUCGCAUUCUAUCCAUUAACAAAUGAGCAAUUAAGGCAGCAUGAUUUGUGUAAAGAUAACGAUCCUGUUCAUAAUAUCAGUUUGAAGGAAUUUAUUAAUCAAACUUUGAACUUUUUAAAAGAAAAUUUGGGGCCUGAGAGAUAUAAUGAAUUAUUACAAACAGUUAAUCCAACACUGUUAGAGAAUUUACGUUUGUUUUUGUCGAUUCAACCAAAUGGUAUCUGA